AUGACAGAAGAGGUAGCAGUUUGUCGUAUUUGUCGUUGUGAAGGCACUCCGGAUGCUCCGUUGUUUCAUCCUUGUAAAUGCCGUGGUUCCAUCAAAUAUAUACAUCAAGACUGUCUUCUUUCCUGGUUAGAGCAUUCUCAUAAAGACUCAUGCGAUAUUUGUCACGCGUCGUACCAUUUCAAGACAGUAUAUGAUCCAAACACUCCUGAUAUUCUUCCUGCUUUUAUAAUAUUAAGGAAGGUGUUCUCGGAGUUGCGCGUAUUGCUCUAUCGCUUGACGCAGGUAGCGCUCGUUGCGGUGCUUGUUAUAUUUCAGGUACCAGUUUUUGUUUCUUCUAUUGAUCGCUUAUUGAACUGGCAACUAGGAUGCCAUGUUCCUUACUCCAGCUAUACUUAUGGAUUUAUCUAUGGAGAAGAGAUUCCAGGCAAGACUGCCGAAUCUUUGAUUUCUGACUGGGACAAGUUGACCACGUUUUUCGAAAACACAUGGAGCAGGGGCCUCACCCUAAUUUUGAAAUAUGCAUUUGUUCUUGGUUCCAUGUUACUUAUUCAAGGCUCAGUUGUGAGUGACGAAGGAUUCUCUAAGAUCAUUCAUAAAAAAAUAGGGCCAGAGCCUAGAAUGAAUAGAUUAAUUGAGCUACUUCACAGACGGCAAUUGAGAAGGCUCAAUAACGAGAUUCAAAAUCAGAACGAGAACGAGAAUGUGGGGGGCAAUGCUGAUGAUGAUCAAGCCAAUCUUGAAGAACUUCGUCGUGUGGUUGAGGAUGCAAACAGAGUAAUGCAUGAGGAGAGACCCAGAAAUCAUGAUUUGCUCGAUGAUGGCCAUGCCAUUGAUGGCUUUGAUGAUCUCGAUGCCAAUGAACUCAAUGAUAUUCCCAACCUUCCUGUCCUUCCAGAUGGUGCCCCACCUAUUGAUGCUAUUGUCCCUGAUGAAGAUGCAGCCGACAACCUCAAUAAUCGAUUGUUCGAUAUGGAUAAAGGAAUCACCUUUAUAUUUCAGAUAACUAUAUUCAUGGACGUUGCUGUUAUCGGUAUAUUAAUGUGUCUUAAAACUUUCCCUUCUUUGAUUGGAAUGGCUACCAUCGACCUGGUGAGUUCUUUGGUCAAAUCUUCUUUUUCAUCAAUUUACGGUCUCGUCCAUUCCACAAAUGUUUAUACUCUUGCAGUGAGGUAUAUUGAUGGUUUCCUCACUUCUGACACCGUUCAUCACUUACUACAAUAUUGCCGUGACAAUAAGCUCAUAUUCAACGUCACUAACUUCUUUAUGCAAAAUUGGUUUUUGCCUAUAAAGGAUGUAUACACAAAUACCGUUCAGUGGACCCCUUCAGCAAAUACAUUUGAGAGAGAUUCUGUGGUAAUUGUAGGGUUUUUUAUAGCUGGUUGUGCUAUUAUGUUUAUUAUGCGCAGAAUGGAGCAUGGAUGCUCUCAAAAUAACCCUCUUACGGGUGGCUACAGAUCUAUUUACAUAGUUCUGCUCGAGAUUAUUUGUAUCUUGAAAGUUUUUGCGCUAGUCAUGAUCGAAUGGCUUGCAUUUCCUCUCUUUUGUGGCUAUCAGAUUGAGUUUUCCUUGGUGCCUUUUUUCAACGAUGACUUGUACACUUACAAAAUUGAUCCCCCUUUAUUAGGUGAUGCAGUUCCCCUAGGUGUGGCCCCUAGAUGGCUCUUAGGUACCUUUUUCAUGUACUUUUUCGCAGCCUUUGUCACAAUGACAAGAUCGUAUAUCCUAAGGAAAGGAGUUUUGUUUUUCAUCAGGCCAUCUGAUGAUCCCGAUAUUAGAUUGUUACACGAUGCUCUCAUGAAACCUUUCUCUUUGAAACUCUAUCACAUUGGUCUAUCCGCUUUUGUUUACAGCAUUUAUAUUAUGAUAGAGUUCACCAUGGUAGUCUGGGGUGUCAGAUUACUUUCUCCCAUUCAAAUCUUGCCUUCGACACCUCGAUUCUUUCAACUUGAAAGACUAGAUUACGUCAUGUUAUUCUUUGUUGCAUCCAUGGCUCAAGAUAAAAUCAAGGCUUAUUGGAAGUGGGCUUUCCAAUAUUCGUGCUCAAAACUCCGUUUGUCAUUUUUCUUAUUGGGAAACGAUGUUCCUUCGGAAAGGGGACAUGUGCUGUACAAAAAUUGGAAUAGCCGGCUUACUCAUUUCAAUGCUCUUCCGGACUACUCUAGUCCCGUUUUGGAGCAUGAGGCUGCACACUAUUUUGCCGAACAUCCAGAUACAAUAUGUUGCUUUGUUCCUGAUGGUAACUAUGUUCGUGCCCCUGAUAAUGAUCAAGUUGCUCGCACUUUUGUGAAAGAAUUAUUUGUUCCGGUUACAAAGGAUGAUAAGCUUCUUGCUCCUAUCCCAACUAUUGAUGAUGACGAGGAUAGGUAUAAUCCGUAUGGGGACGAGGAGCUACUCAACAUUGUGACUUAUACUAUCGUCUAUAGACCUCCAGGUUUCAGAAAUAGGAUCUUUUGUUUGUUGGGAAUGAUGUGGGCGUUCUCGAUGUUUUUAACGUUUACUCUUUAUGCUGAUAGCGUGCUUAUUGGUGUUAUAAUGAUUCGUUUCCCAAGCCUGGGUGGUGUAUUCCACUUAAAUGAUUCCUGGAAUUCCAAUCCAUUCAAGGUUGAUUUCGUAAGAAUUGCUGCGGCUCUGCUCCACUUGAUUUUCAUGUCAAAGCUAUAUGAUAGCUUUGCAUUGCAAAAGGACUGGAUAUUCCAAGUCUUAAAGGGCACUGCAACGAGAAACAGCCAUUCUUGUUUCUCGAAGAUCAGGUUGACCUUGAAAGUCGCUCGGCGAGUGGUGAGUAUUCCCGCACAUAAUGCCUUGAGAUACAUUCGUCGGAAAGCUGAUCACUUGAAAGUAGGGUUAUUGAUCAUCACAUAUGGCUUUGCAGAGUUUAUUAUCUUGGCCUUGGGUAUUACUCUUCCGCAGAAAUGUUUGGAGACUUACAUCUUAUCUAGACCUGAGCUUUUGCACAGCUGGAUUAUGAGCGUUUACCGCGUGUCUGUCUUCGCAUUUAUAAUCUUAUCCAUGAACUAUUUAGGAGGUAUAGUGAUCUCCUUGGAGCCAAGAUUUACUGUCUCAUUCAAGAUUCGUUAUCAGAUUUUUUAUGUUUCUUUGGUGAUAGGUCUGAUUUGGAUUCUGCAGUUUGGAUAUUAUCUAACAAGCCAUCCUGAUGAUGACUUCAGUUGGUUGUUCCAAAACGAGCUAUCGUCAGAAAAAGGUUUAUCGCUUUCCUUAUUAGAAUAUUGGAUUGAUCUAUCGGUGGAUAGGCUGACGGUAACUAAUUUUUCAUGUCUUGGCCUCUGGAUUUUGUUUUUGAUGAAGGAAUUCUCUCUUCAGAUCAAAGAAUUCUUUGGUCGGGUGAAUGGCCAGUUGAAGGAGGAGUAUUUCAGCAGUGGUAAAGUUUUGACGAACGCUUCUGAUGAUUUUAAUACUGAUGAUGUUUCCGUCCAUUCAACUAACGAAGUGAAUGAGUGA